AAGGAACCACAUAUCCUCAAGAAUUCAUUCUUGAUUAUAAUAGUUUUAUUAAUCUUUUUUUAAGUCAUAAUACAUUCAUUGCUUUAAAAGAUGAUGAAACGUGGGAUGAUAAAGUGUUGG